AUGACUUUACAGACCAUGAAUUACUCGACCAUGUCCAACGAGACAAGCAACCGCGGUCCUGCGGGUACCGCUGCUACCGCUGGUCCUCAGGGUCCCAACACAACCAAUCCGACUGGCGGCGCUCCCAUCGGUCCUUACAUGAUGGGCCAGUCUGCGGGCCUUCAUGACAUCGGUGGUGGUCUGCCCCAGAAUGCCGUUAUUACCCAGAAUGCUAGCUUCGCUGAGCCCGGCAUGGCCACCGUCAUUGACCAGUUUGCUGGUUUAGGUCUGAACCCUGGCAUGCAGUCUCUUCAUGGUAUACCCGGUGUCCAGUUUCUUGGUCUGGACGGCCAAGUCUAUGUCACCCACGGCGGCGUUCCCAUGCCCGCUGCGAUGAUGAACCUUCCUGGUGGUGCCGCAGUCACCGGUGGCAACGGCGCCAUCUUUCCCAAGAAUGGACUCCACUGGCCCGCCCCUGGUGGUCACGACAUCAAUGCGAUGCAGCAGUGGUCCCAGAUGCCGAAGCCCGUCCGAGACCAGAUUGCCAAGAACUUUGAGACUCUUCUUGCUGCUCAGCCCGAGGUUCCAGCUCUGGACAAUCGCCGUGCAUCUUACUCGACCACCGAAUCAACCCCGGCUACCCCUUUCUACGGCAGCACCUCUCGCGAUGCUGGUGCUCGUGUCACCGUUUUCGACCGCAGCUCAUCUGCCUACACCACUCCGUCGCCCCAGCAGAUCACAUCGUCUGGUCUGAUUGCACAGCCCAAGGGCUUUGCCUCAAUCGCUCCCCCCAUUGACCGUGACCUUCAGCAGCUCCUUGCGCGGGAGCCCGCCAUCCCCCAGGCAGUUCCUGCUGUCUUCACGCCCCAGGAGAACAUGAAGACACUCGAUCAGAGCCUUGUCAACCAGAUUCCGGGCAACCGCAAUGUCUAUAUCCGUGGUCUGCAUCCUACCACUGACGACGACCUCCUGCUCAAGUACGCCGAUCGCUUUGGUACCGUCGAGACUUCGAAGGCCAUCAUUGAUACGGCAACUGGAGCCUGCAAGGGUUUCGGCUUUGCCAAGUUCGGCACAGUCAAGGAGUCUGAGACCUGCAUCCGAGGAUUCUAUGCGAUGGGCUAUGAAGUUGGCUUCGCGCGGGUAACUGACCCUGAAUCCUUCUAUGCGUCUGGCCUUCACAUGCCCAGCCCCCAGGACCUGGCCAGUGCCAUGGACAUGGACCCUUUUGGUCGCACCACACCGACUCCCAGUCGCCCCUUUGGUCGCAUCACACCGACCGUCGCCGAAUCCCAGGGCCAAGUGGCCCCCAGAGCCGUCAAGAUGUGCGGUUGCCCGUGCGACUUCCACAGUAACUGUUUCACUAACUUCGAUCCCUGGGAUCAGGAGUCCUUCAACUCCCGCUUGAAGGCCGAAGGCGACGAAAGCUCGACCAACCUGUACAUCUCGAACCUCCCCAAGGGCGUCACCGAGACGGACCUCAGCGCCAUCUUCAUCAACUGCCCCAUCCUUUCGGCCAAGAUUUUGCGCGAUUCGCUUGGCAAUAGUCGCGGUGUUGGCUUCGCUCGCUUCGAGUCGCGAGAGAUCUGCGACGAGAUCAUCGAGCAGUACACCGGCCGCCCCAUCGGUGACGAGGGUCUCCCUAUGCAGAUCCGCUACGCCGACACUCCCGCCCAGAAGGAGUUGAAGCGCAUCACAUCCGAGCGACGUCAGUUCCGAACCAACGAGUACAAUGUUGGCGCUUACGGAACCCCCCUUGUCGGUAUGUCCCCCACCAUCUACAGUCAACCCGGCUGGAAGCAGCGAGGAAUCAGCAAUGGCUCGACGCCAUUCCCGCGUGGGUCGUUGGGGCCACAUGUGAGGGACGCCAAGGUUGGGAUGGGCAGACUCUCGAGCAGUACCAAUGCUGGAAACACGCCGGCAUCCGAUGAUGGUUCCGUCGAUGAAGAUGCUACGGUCCACGUUGACUCUCCCCUUGUUGCCAAUGGUAGCACUCGAUCAUCGCCAAUCAAGAAAGAGAAAGACUAG